GCUAAUGUAUUCGCCAGAGCCGUGAAACAGGAAACAAGAAUCUGCUUCACUGUGAAUAAGUGAAAUGAUUUAUUGUGCAAGUGUGGAUCGGACCAAGUGCACCAUGAGAGCUCAGAUCAUCAUCCUCAUUAUCUCCGCCACAACAGAACACUGUGGGGCCGAAGUCAAACCUGUGGUGACCUUUACACCCAAAUGGAGGAUUAUAUUUCCAUAUGAAUCAGUGACGAUAUCCUGUAACGUGGGAUCUACGACUCAGGGGAACCUAAGAUACUACUGGUCCAAAGAUGGUAAAGCACUGUCUCAAAGUCAUCAUCAAAGGGCAAUCAAAAUCGAGUCAGCAUCGGAUGAGAAUACAGGGAGUUACCAAUGCUGGGUCAAAGCUGAGCUCAAAAGUGAUGCAGUCAGACUAGAAGUGGUCGGCACCCCUCUGAUCCUGCAGACUCCGUCAGUCGUCUACGUAGGGGAACCACUGACUCUGAGAUGUCACAGUUUUUUUAGUUACAAAAAGACAAACACAACCUUCUACAAGAAUAAAACUGCCAUUCACUUCUCCGUCAACGACACCGAGUUGCGGUUUACAAGUGUAGACUGGAAUGUGGCCGGGUCCUACAGCUGCUCCCAAAAAAUACUCCUCCAUGAGACAUAUAAGACAUUCAAUGCUACAGCAACUGUGUCCGUCCAAGAGCGGCCUCACAUAAUGACUCUGCGGUCUCCAUGGAUUUUGGUCAUUGCCCUUCUUCUCCUGCUCUCUGCUGCUCUCCUGAUCUUCAUGUGGCAACAAAAGCUUCAGAAUAGAGGGCAACACCUUGAGCAUUCCAUCACAGAACCUCUGAGAAAAUGUGGGUCUGAAGAAGAUGAUGUGUGUUACACGUAUAUAGGAAUGAACCAUGUACAGACAGCUUUGCCUGCUCAACAGCCAGAUGAUGACUACUCCAUUGUAUAUUCCUUGGUGACACCAGCAGUAGGCACAGUAGAAUGAACAGACUCUUCAUUGACUUGUCAAAAAAGAUCUUCACCAAGUUGGCAGCCGACAAAUAAACUCAUCACAAGACAUCAAAGUGACCAGAAAAUCUACACAAGCUGUUUUAAAUUGCCCUUCAUUAAUUUAGCACGGAAGAAACGGUUCCAUACAUGGUAUCUGUGUUAAUACUGAUCUGUUGUAAUUAGUUCUACUAAUAAACUGUUGAGAUAGAAACUUCUGUUUAAACAUGGA